AUGGCUGGCGAUGAUUCUUUUGAAGCUGCUCUUUACACCGCCAUCAAUUCCGACAUUGAAGCUGCUCUUCAGAAAGAAAAAAAUAGAGCGUCUUCGGUGAGGAUCAAUGCAGAUAUUCUAAGAAUAAAGGCUAGAUUAAUUGAGGAUGUUCCCAAAUUGCAAAGAUUGGCUGUGAAGAAGGUUAAAGGGCUUUCAAGCAAAGAAUUUGUUGUAUGUAAUGAUUUGGUACUUGCACUGCCCAAUAGGAUAACUGCAAUUUCAGAUGGUGCAGCAGCUACACCCAAACAAUCUGGUGGAUGGGGAGGUUCAGGUUCUCGUGCAGAAAUUAAAUUUGAUUUAGGUUAUAAAGUUGCAUUCGUUCCAAAGGCUUUUCCCCUCCACGCUAAUCAUUUAUCCGCUUCAAUGUUAUACAAUUCCUUUAUUGUGAUGAUACGUUUAUCAUUUCUUUCUAUAUUUGGAAUGGAUACAAAAUGGACAAUUUGAUGAUGAUUACUUUCAACAAACUGAAGAAUCAAGUCAAUUCCAACAAGAAUAUGAAUUUUGCAAAAUGUAACAUGCAUGUAUUUUUUUGGAAUAUUUCAUUAAGGUCUUGUUCAUGAUUCAU